CCGGCGUCUGUACCGCCUGCUCGAAUCAAUAUGUACACGCUCUCCAUUGUUAUUCAAGCCGGUGAGCCCAAACGCAUAAGUGACGCCCACAUGUGCUGAUAUUUCAAGUUGAUUUUCAUUUUCAGUUCAAAAAAGUUUUUUCUCUAGUCAAUCAAAAACGCUUUUUUUUUUUUUUUUGAACUUUUGGAAAUAAGUUUUGGAUUGUACUGUUUUUAAACACAGUUCUGUAAUAUAUUUAUUUAUUUAAUCGUGUUAUUUAUUUAUUAUCCACCGUGGCUCCCAUAAUUUAUAUACUAUGUUUGAUACCAUGUCUGCUCGUGGCACUGCUACUGGGCUUGAUAUAUGCUCUCUCUAUAGAGAUGCCAAGCUUAAGAACUCUAUAUCGAACAUUAGGAAGAGACGUAAAAGCCUCUUAUCUGUUUUUUAAGACUCACUCUUACGUCAAAAAAUGUCAUCGAUAUGAUAGAACAUUAAUCGACAAUUUCCGAUCAACUGCUCAAAAAAACAGACAUAGGACAUGUUUCAUUUUUCAGGACGAGAAAUGGACUUACCAAAUGGUAGACGAAUUCAGCAAUAAAGUCGCCAAUUGUUUCAUUUCACUUGGGUACUCCAAAGGUGACGAAGUUGCAUUACUGUUGGAUAAUUGUCCGGAAUAUCCCUGCAUUUGGCUAGGAUUGGCCAAAAUUGGCGUCGUUACAGCGCUGAUUAACACAAAUUUAAAAAGAGAUUCAUUGGGACAUUCGGUUAGUUGCAUUGACUCUAAGGCUAUCAUAUUUGGGCGCAACUAUUCUGAAACUGUGAAAGAGGCUACAUCAUUCUUCAAUAAUAAAGAUUCGAUGGAAUAUUUUUGCUUCACUGAGAAAGGAGCUUCCACUGAUGAAAUAAUCUCGUUCCCAGGAAAAUCCCUCAACGCUCUUCUAGAAGAAGCUUCUCCGAGUCCUAUUGAUCCCAAAAAGCAUAAAAUUCACUUCAAUGAUAAACUGAUAUAUAUUUACACUUCUGGAACAACAGGAUUACCUAAGGCAGCCAUAAUCAGACACAGCAGGAGUUUAUGGAUAUCUGCUGCGGCUAAAUUCAUUCCGCAGCUCACUGACGAUGAUGUCAUUUAUAAUCCACUUCCUAUGUAUCAUACAGCUGGUGGUAUUCUAUUUGUAACAGUGGUAUUAAUGUUUGGUGGAAAAAUGAUUAUAAGGAAGAAGUUUUCAGCCUCAAAUUAUUGGAAAGAUGCAGUAAAGUAUAAAGUGACUAUUGCUCAGUACAUUGGCGAAAUGUGCCGUUAUCUUCUGAAUCAACCAGUUAGGGAAGAAGAAAAACAACACUGCAUUCGACGCAUGUUUGGAAAUGGACUCAGGCCGCAUAUAUGGAAAGAAUUUCAGGAAAGAUUUGGAAUCUAUCAUAUCAUUGAAAUCUAUGGGGCGACAGAAGGAAAUGCUAACUUAGUGAAUAUGUUUGGAAAAAUUGGUGCUGUGGGUUUCUUACCCAGAAUCUGCGAACGAUUAUAUCCUGUAUCGUUGGUCAAAGUGGAUCCUGAAACCCGCGAAAUCGUGAGAAAUGAAAAAGGUCUUUGUAUUCGAUGCAAACCAGGUGAACCCGGAGAAAUGGUCGGCAAAAUUAUCAGCAAUCCAAUAAAUUCCUUUGAUGGUUACGCUAAUCAGAAUGAAACGAAAAAGAAAAUCGUACGAAAUUGUUUUGAAAAAGGGGAUGUGGCCUUUCUUUCAGGUGAUAUCUUAAUAAUGGAUGAAGACGGCUACCUUUAUUUCUUAGAUCGUGCUGGUGAUACUUUCCGUUGGCGUGGAGAGAACGUAUCUACAGGAGAGGUUGAAAAUACCGUUAGCAGGGCUCUGGGGCAUGUAUCUUGUGUAGUCUACGGCGUAGAAAUUCCAAAUGCUGAGGGCAGAGCUGGUAUGGCAGCCAUUCAAGUAGAUCCGAAAAGUGUGAAUUUCUCUGAAUUUUACCAGAAUCUGAGCAAAAGAUUACCACCUUAUGCCGUGCCAUUGUUUCUGAGACUUUCUAAAGAAAUAGAAGAAACUGGAACUUACAAGUUGAAAAAGGUAACUUAUCAAAAGGAAGGAUUCAAUCCAGAAGAAAUUCAUGAUUCGCUGUUCUUUUUGGAUGCUAAACAGAAAACAUACAUCCCUCUUACAAAAGAACUGUAUUCCGACAUUAUGACAGGAAAACUCAGGCUUUAGAGAGGAACAAUGCGACAUAUCAAUAAAUGCAGCCACUUCAGCAUUUAUGAAUCCUUAUGCAACCAAAAUAAGGAAAUAUUUUUCAUGUUGGAUUCAUAUCCAUUGGGCAUCAAUGUUUAUUCCAAACAUUUCAUUCAAGAGCUUUCGUUCGUAGAAGAAUGCUAUAUUUCAUUUGUAUAUCCCAAAGAUAGAUGGUUCUUAUUUAAUUAUCUUACCGUCUGUAUUAAAUAAUUCAUUGUGAUGUUACUAUAUUUUGUUAUAUUUCAUUUGUAUAUCCCAAAGAUAGAAGGCUCUUAUUUCAUUAUUUUACAGUCUGUAUUAAAUAAUUCAUUGUGAUGUUACUACAUUUGCCUCAAUAAAAUAAAAUACAUCUAGA